UCUCUGUCUCCGUCCCCAACCCAGCGCGAGACGAUCCCCUCCCCUGCACGGUAAGCGAAUCCUCCCACCCUUUUUCCAGCUUCGCUUCGAAUCAUCCUCCUCCUCGUCUCGACUUCGAAUCAGUAGAUCCUCUGCGAUCCUACGCUUUCUCCUCCAUUUUCUCGCCACCACCGUAGUAGACGAGCCGUGCGGUAUACUUGUACUACAGAGUUUGCUUCCGUGAGGUGUCAGCUUUGCUACGCCGCCUUCACUCCUCGCCUCCGCUGGUGGGUGGUGGGCUUCUCUCCCGCUCGCCAUCCUCUCCGUCGUCUUCGCCGGCGAGGCGGCGCGGCGGCGCGGCCCCCAUUCCACCGGCGCGUCCGUCUCGGGAGGUUCGAAUCAGGUUCAAAACGGGGAUCGGUAGUGUUCUGCAUCAGUGAUGGGCUGGAGAUUUGCGUUGUUACUGUUACAUGUUCUUCUGUGCCUUGUCAAUGGCGUCUCCUGUGGCCGCACGAGCUCUUACGUGCGUACGGAGUACCCAUCGACUGAUAUACCUCUAGAAAGCGAAUGGUUUGCGGUUCCAAACGGCUACAAUGCGCCACAGCAGGUUCAUAUCACUCAAGGUGACUAUAAUGGAAAAGCUGUUAUAGUAUCAUGGGUUACUGUAGCAGAACCUGGGACAAGUGAGGUGCUCUAUGGUAAAAAUGAGCACCAGUAUGAUCAGAGAGUGGAAGGAACAGUAACAAAUUAUACCUUUUACGACUAUAAAUCUGGAUAUAUUCACCAUUGCCUUGUUGAUGGUCUUGAGUAUAACACCAAAUAUUAUUAUAAGAUUGGAAGUGGAGAUUCAGCUCGAGAAUUUUGGUUUGAAACUCCUCCAGCAAUUGAUCCAGAUGCAUCAUACACAUUUGGCAUAAUUGGUGAUCUGGGGCAGACAUUUAAUUCCCUCUCAACCCUUCAACAUUAUGAGAAAAGCGAAGGUCAAACUGUUUUAUUUGUUGGGGAUUUGUCAUAUGCUGAUAGAUAUCAACAUAAUGAUGGUGUUCGUUGGGAUUCUUGGGGGCGGCUUGUGGAACGUAGUACCGCUUAUCAACCAUGGAUUUGGAGCGCUGGUAACCAUGAAAUUGAAUACAGGCCUGAUCUGGGAGAAACUUCUACAUUUAAGCCAUAUCUGCAUAGAUGUCACACUCCAUAUUUGGCAUCAAAGAGCAGUUCUCCUAUGUGGUAUGCAGUCAGACGUGCAUCUGCUCAUAUCAUUGUGCUUUCUAGCUAUUCUCCAUUCGUAAAAUACACUCCUCAAUGGACCUGGUUGAAGUAUGAAUUGAAGCAUGUGGAUAGAGAGAAGACUCCUUGGCUUAUUGUUCUCAUGCAUUCUCCCAUGUACAACAGCAAUGAAGCACAUUACAUGGAGGGUGAGAGUAUGAGGGCUGCUUUUGAGAAAUGGUUUGUGAAGUACAAGGUUGACUUGGUAUUUGCAGGGCAUGUGCAUGCUUAUGAGAGAUCGUAUCGUAUCUCUAACAUCAACUACAACAUAACAUCGGGUAAUCGAUAUCCAGUGCCAGACAAAUCUGCUCCUGUGUACAUAACAGUUGGUGAUGGAGGCAACCAGGAAGGGCUUGCUUCAAGGUUCAGUGAUCCACAGCCAGACUACUCUGCAUUCAGGGAGGCUAGUUAUGGUCAUUCGAUCUUGCAACUGAAAAACAGGACUCAUGCUAUCUACCAGUGGAAUAGAAACGAUGAUGGGAAGCAUGUACCUGCGGACAAUGUGGUGUUUCACAACCAGUAUUGGGCAAGCAACACUCGCCGCAGGAGGCUGAAGAAGAAGCAUUUUCACUUGGAUCAAAUUGAGGACUUGAUAUCCGUGUUCUAGGAGUUGAUCUUUCAGAACACUGCAUCGCAGACUUUCUGAAACGGUGGCGGAAUAGCUCUGUUGCCCUUUGGUCUUGAGCCUCGACCGAGUGAGGCAGAGGCUCUCGGCUCUCAUGUAAAGGAACCAUGCACAGGUUUGUGGGAUUACUAUUAUUGAGCACUGUAUUGUAUGAUGAAGACAAUCCGAUCAGCAGAUGAUUAGUGCUGUACACAUGUAGCAUUUCACAGCCAGCGACAGUUUCGCAAUGUGACAGUAUCUUCAAUAAAGUUUCAAAG